AUGAUCAAAGAACUUGUCAAAUUAUUAAGUAUUGUGAAUUUACAAAUCAAGAAAUUAUUACCAAAAGCAUUAAAAAUGCUUGAAUUAGAUAUUGAAAAGAGAAAGAUGAAGCUGAAGGAAUGUAAAAUUAAAGCAAAAAUAACUAAAGUAGAAAUACGACUUAUAAAAGCUAAAGCUGAAGCAUUAAAUUAG